AUGCCCAGCCUGUCUCAACGCCUCGGCAAACUCGCCCCGUAUCCCUUCGUCGAGAUCUCCAGGAUCAUCGCCGAGAAGCGCGCUGCCGGCGCCGAUGUGGUUACCUUUGGCAUUGGUGAUCCCGAUAUCCCUACUCCGCAACCUGUAAUCGACCGCCUUCUCACUGCCUCUCAGGAUCCGCCCAACCACCGGUACCCUGAGACAGACGGGCUGCCCGAGAUGCGGCGCGCCAUCGCUCAUUGGUACAAGCAGCGCUUCGACGUUGACCUGAACCCGGACACCGAAGUGCUGCCCCUGAUCGGAGCCAAGGAAGGCAUCGGCCAUGCCGCCUUUUGUUUCCUCGACCCCGGUGAUGUCGCGCUCGUUCCCGACCCCGCGUAUCCCGUAUAUGCUGUAGGGACCAUGUUCGCCGGCGCUGAGAGCUACGUCAUGCCCUUGCAUCAGCGCAACGGCUGGUUGCCCGACCUCGAUGCGAUCCCCGAGGAUGUGGCCCGCCAGGCCAAGGUCAUGUGGCUCAAUUACCCCAACAACCCCACCAGCGCGGUGGCUUCCCAGGAAGACCUCGAGUCUGCGCUGCGGUACUGUCGCGAACAUGACAUCGCAAUGCUCCACGACGCCGCAUACUCCGAAGUCGGGUAUGAUGGCUACCGGGCCGGCAGCAUGAUGCAGAUCGAUGGGGCCAAGGAGGUCGGACUGGAAUUCCACUCGCUGUCCAAGACCUACAACAUGACUGGCUGGCGGAUGGGCAUGGCCGUUGGCAACGCCGACAUGAUAAAGGCUCUAUUCCAGAUCAAGGCCAACCUUGACUCCGGCGUCCCGCAGGCCAUCCAGGAAAUGUCCAUGGAGGCGCUCACCGGGCCGCAGGAUUGCAUCGAGGACAACAUCGGGACCUAUCAGUGGCGCCGUGAUCGUGUGCUCCGCGCCCUGACCCGCAUGGGCCUGAACGUCGAAACACCCCGGGCGAGCCUCUAUAUCUGGGCUCCGGUGCCGGAGGGCUUUACAUCCGCCGAUUUUGCGGCACGCCUACUGGAAGAAAUCGACAUCGUCGUUACUCCCGGCUCUUCCUAUGGCCAGUACGGUGAAGGCUACAUCCGACUCUCCCUGACCACCCCGGAUGAGCGGGUUGAAACUGGUUGCCAGCGUCUCGAAAGCUGGACCAUUCCCGCCCCGCGCGCCUAG